AUGGCAUUCGAUAAUGUUCUACAGAUAGCCACUUCUGUUAUCCGAGAUUGGAUAUCAGAUGUUACAAACGAUGCAAAGCACACAAUAUAUGAAACCCCCACAUUUACACAAUUUCUCUACGUUAAGGACAAGCAAACUGUUGUGACGCUUAACUUAGUAUUACAAAGGGAAAAAGAAAUCACUAUUUUGUUCAUAUACACUUUGGAUAAUAAGUCUCAAUCAUACCCUGUCAAUUUCACAGAUGACUUAAGUAUCACAUUACCAAUUGAUACGAUCACAGAUGAGCUUAGAGAACAGCUAAUCAAACAAUUUUCUGGUGAAGAGGAAAAUUUGAAAAAUGCUUUGAAAACUCGCAAUCUACAGGAACUGGAGACUCAAUUGCCGCAACAAGAGAGGAAAAUACCACAAGAGUUAAGAGUACAAAAUGCGAAGUUACCUAAGUUAGAUUUUGAAGUCACCAGAUCACCACAAGGACAGCAAAGACUGAGGCCGGCUGACAUGCCAGAUUUUGACGAUGAGUACGAAGUAUUACCGAAGAAUAAUGCAGGACGUAGAGAUAAUAGGGACAUAUUCCCAUCAAUAGGAGACGAUGAUUUGAACCCCCCAGGUUUGCCUAAGAACCCUGAGCUAAGACCUUAUUUGGACCAUGGAAGAGGCAGUGCAAGUGGAGGUGGCAUGUACCCUUCUCUCGACCAUCCUUUGUUCCGCGGAGGAGGAGAAGGGAGAGACUCCAAUGCAAAUAUACCUGGAUUACCAUCUGGUGCACGUUAUGAUGAUCCAAUGGCAGGAGGUGGACCAGGUGGUCUCGGAUUCGAUGGUGCUGCAGGACCUAACUUCGAUGGCCUGUUUGGCCCUAAUUCCUCUAGGCGAGGUAGGGGUGGCGGUGCUCCGGGAUUUCCUCCACCACCUGGUUCGGGCUCAAGUGGUGGCGGAUUUGGUAAUUUUGGCUCGUUUGGAGGCUUUUAA